AUGAAGUUCCUGACACCACUAGUCCUGACGAUCUCGAUCGCUACCGCAUCAGCAGCUGAUGGCUCGAUGAGUGCCUCGUUCUCUAUGGAAUCUUCGUCCUCAAGCUCGUUCAUGAAUUCUUCUGAAGGAUCCGGUGACUUGGAAAACGCUAAUGAGAUUACGUCGUCUUUAAUUGAAAGCCCUUCUGAUAGCUUUGGUGGUUCAGCUUCGUCCAGUAGCUCGAGUAGCUUUGAUGGCAUCACUGUGGGCAAAAUGAGUGCUUCUUUCAGUAAUGACGGCUCAAGUGGUUCCGAGGACAUGGACUUGGACAUUGAAGUCAUCGUGUCGUCGGAUGACAACUCUCGCAGCACUACGCCUAGUCCUGAAGAACCUGCUACUGCUGCCGCCAGCGCUGCUUUCGAUGGUAUUACCAGUGCGUCAAUGGACUCAGGAUCGAACUCGGGAGCUACCAGUAUCCAAUUCAUGCCACUCUACACGAUUGCAACGGUUGUCAUGACCAUUGGAACUCUGUUUCUCUAA